AUGCCACCUAAAGGUAUAAAUGUUCCACAAUUUACAAGAGAAACUAAGCUAGAUUUAUUAUUCCAAAGUCUAUCACAAUUCAUAGAAAUUGAUGAAAAUGAUUCUAAUGAUGCUUUAACACAACUAUAUGAUAAAAUUGAUCAAGAUGGAAAUCAAGAAGAAACCAAUAGAUUAGUAAAAUUACAAAUUGUAAUGGAUAAAUGUUUCCAAUAUUUAAUUCAAAUUCAAAAUCAUUCUUUAAUUCAAAUGGAAUCAAACAGAAAGUCAAACGAUCCGGAGAAAUCUCAUUUAAUUACAAUUUCAUUACAUGAUAUGAAAUAUUUUAAUGAAUUAUUAAAUAUAAUAAUUAUACAAGGUGUUUAUUCUUGUUUACCGAAAGGAAUUGGUAUACCUUUAGAACAAAGAAGGUUGAAAAAUUUCAACAAAAAAACCAAGAAAUUUUCAUAUCAAAAAAUUCCAAAUUCAAAUGAAUUACUCUUGUAUAUAAUUAAACAGCUGGAAACUAUUUUCGAUAAAGGUGGGGAUGUUAAAGAGUUAUUACUUAAAGGUAGUGGAUUAACUGAUAUAUUUACUGGCUUAAUUACAUUGAUAUUAGAUCAUGAUUCAAAUUUGAUUAAUGUUUUCAAUAAAUUUGAAUUGAAAAGUGAUACAUAUAAUUUGUUUAGUAUCUAUACCAUUUUAUUACAAACCACUACAAAUCCUAAAUAUCAGUCAUUUAUAAGUGAAAGACUAACAAAUUUAACAAUAAAUCGUUCAAAUGGUGUUAUAACUUUAAUUGAUUUCAUAGUGGGGAUAAGAGAUGAUGAAGAAAUUAAUAUUGAUAAAUUUAAUAACGUUAAUAGAAUUUUAAUGUCAAAACCUAAAAAUUUAUCAAGUGUGAUAUAUUUCAAUAAAUUAUUUGAUCAAAUUUAUGAAAUUUUAGUAUUUGUUAAUAGACCAAUUAUGUUGUCAGUUAUUGUCAAUUUUAUAAGAAUAUUAUAUUUUAAGAACAAAAAAAUUAUUCAAGAUUUUCUAUUUAAAAGAAUUUGGAAGUUACUGAAUCCAAUAACAACCAAUUUCCAUAAUGGUGAUACUAUAGUUGAUGCAAAACAGUUAAAUGAUGUUAUAAAUGUAUUAAUUUCAUUAACAAAAGAAACAACACCAGAAUUUCUGAAUGAAUUAUAUUCACAAAUUAUAUUAAAUUUAUGGGCUUAUUAUUUAUACCUAAGGAAGAAGAAUCAUGAUUUUGCUUCAAUUUUAGAAAAUUUAUUAACUUCAUUCUUUACAAUAACUUCAAAUAAUGAAUUUUUGGAAAAUAUUAUAUUAAAUUUGGCUAAAACCUCUGGAGAAAAUUGGGAAUUUCAAACAAUUUUAGAAAAUAAAUUAUCCAAAAUUGUUAAAACUAAUGAUUUAGAAACUAUAUCAAGUGAAGAAAUUUUUGAUGAUUUAGAUGUUGGAUUAAAUUCAAUAGUUUCAAUUUUGAAAAAUUUAGAUAAUGAUAUAAUAAGGAAACAAUUUUUAAUUGUUUUGAAUAGAUGGAUAACAAAACAAACCACCACAGUAACAACAUUAAAUGAUGAAAAUCCAUUUUUAAUAUUAAUUGAUUUGAAAUUUUUAGAGAAAAUUAAUGACAAUUUUAAAGAUUCUUUAAUGGAUAAACCUGAAGACUUAUUAAUUGUCAUUGAAAAAUUAUUGGUUUCCAAGUCUUUAGGUAAAGAUGCAUUAGAAAUUGAAACAAAUGAUAAUCUUGAAGAAAAUGGUGAAGUUGAUUCUGAUGAUGAAGAUGAAAAUGAUGAUCAAGUAUCAAGUUCUGGUGGUGGUAUAGGUGUCUUAUUAGAAUUAUUAUCAGCUAUAUUAUCAGAAACUAAUGAAUCAGAAUUAUUUAAACAUAAAACAACGCUAGAGAAAAUUUCAAAAAUUUUAACCAAAUUUUCAGAUGAUAAACAAUGUAUUGCAUUACAUAAAAGAAUUGAGUUUUUCCUAAAAACUGAUCAUAAAUCUACACCAAUCAAUGAUGAACUCAGCAAAGAUAAAGAACUUUUAGAAAAAGCUAUAACUAGUAUCAAUGAUCCAUUAACUCCUAUAAGAGCCCAUGGGCUUUAUUUAUUAAGACAAUUAAUCAUCAAAAAAUCAUCAGUAUUGACUUUAGAUUUUGUUUUAGAAUUACAUAUAGUUCAAUUACAAGAUCAAGAACCAUUUAUUUAUUUAAACGUUAUAAGAUCAUUAAAUGAAUUAAUUGAAUUUGACCAAGAGGGGACCUUAGAGUUUUUAUUAAAAUUUUAUAAUAAUUCUGAGGAAAAAUUAGAUGAUCGAUUAAAAAUUGGUGAAGUUUUAAUUAAAUUUAUUGAAAAAUCAGGUGAAUUGUUUAUGGGUCAUUUGGCAAAUAAUGUUAUAUCAACAAAUUUACAAAUUAUUCGAGAUUUCAAUCAAGAUAAUAGAAUUAGAAUGUCUUCAAUGUCUAUUAUUGGUCAAUCUUUAAGAACUAAUGCUAUUGGAUUGGAUUCUUUCAUUAAAGAUGCAUUAGAUUGUUCAAUUGGGAUUUUGGAAUUUGAAAAAGAUGUUAUAAUGUUGAGAAGUUCAAUUGUUUUAAUUAAUGAUUUGAUUUCAUUUGGUGGUUUAGAAAUUGUUCCAAGGGGGUAUGGAGAAAAAUUGAAGAAUUUAUUAGAAUAUACUAAGAUAAACCCUGAAGUUGAUUAUUUAUUAUUAGAACAAAUUAAUAAAGUUUUAGAAAUUAUCAAUGAAUUAAUUUUGAUUAAAUUUAAACCAGUUCUAAAUAAUCAAUUUGAUAAUUUAAAAAUUCAAGAAUUGAAAUGA